AUGGCACAGCGACUCAUCGAAAGAGCCUGCGAUCAAUUUCGCAAGGAACUCUCACCAGAAGAUGAAAAUGAAAUAAUUUCAACUAAAAGUCUAGAUGAGGUAAAGCUCGCCCUUGGACAAAUAGAACGUCACUUAGCCGCUCGACAAUCCUUACGAAACUUCGACAGGAUCGCACCGUUCUUGGGCGCUGCGGAGCGGUUCUCACAAGUUGUCGAAGUUGUAUGCAACGGUACACCAUACUUGCCGUGGAUUUGGGCUCCAGUGAAAUUCAUCAUACAGUCUGCUCGUGACCAUGUCCACGUUCUAGACAAGGUUCUCAUGGCCUACGCCAAUAUUGGUAACAGCAUGCCGCGGUUGUCUCGAUACGGUGAAGUAUUUCAUGACCAUGCUUUCCAAUGCAUGAUUGCAUACCUGUUCGAAGAUAUACUCGAGUUCCACCGAGAAGCUUAUUCCAUGUUGAAGAAGCCAGGAUGGACAAUUUUCUUCUCCUCGUCCUGGGGCCGUUUCGAUCACCGCUUUUCAAGCUUAUUGAUCAACAUUGAGCGUCUGAGUGAACAGAUCGACCGUGAAGCAGUGGCCCUCGACAUCGUGGCAACCGCCGAGUGGAGGUCCAAGAGUGCAGAUGAUGCCUCAAAACGGGAGGAACAGUGGCAGACUCAACAACUCCACGCCAUUCUUAAUUGGCUAGGUAUUGAGGAUGAUAUCCAGGAGGCAAAAUUGGAAAUGAACGCGAAUAAAUGUUACGAUGGCACCUGCCAGUGGCUCACGAAAUCUAGUAAGAUACGGACGUGGCUCGAAAGAAAUCGGGGCAACCCUGUACUCUGGUUGAAUGGCAAACCAGGAAGUGGGAAAUCGAUAUUGAGUUCAAUGCUUAUACGUUUCCUUCGAUCUGAUCCAAGCCGACGAAUUAUUCGCAUGGCUCCUGACUUGGUGCCUUACGUGUAUGACGAGUGCUUGGUAAAGGCGCAAAGAUGCUCUUCCGAUGUUCUCAAGAGAAUCAUGCCGCAGCUCUUCUCCCGAUUCGACGAUGUGAACCUCGUCGUUGACGGAAUUGAUGAGCUCCCAUCCUCAGAACACAAAAGUAUCAUCACUGCUCUGUUGCAGCUCUCAAAAUCUUGCUCUGGAGUGAAAUUGCUCCUAGUAAGCCAGGACUUGCCAACCAUAGCUGAUUAUCUUUCGAAAAAGCCCACAUUAUGCCUAAGAGAAGAGGCAGAAGCAACUCACAAAGACCAUGCCAUUAUGGUUGAAGGAUCUCUCAAAGAGCUGAACGAGAAAAGACGCGGUGCUAUUGGAGGCGUCUUGAUGGAAAAACUGAAGAACGAGAUUCUGGACAAAUCUGAAGGGAUGUUUCUUUGGGUAAACCUCGUUAUGAAUCUCCUCAAGAUGUCGAAAAGCCCACAGGAAUUGAGACAACAGAUUUUCUCGCUGCCAACGUCUCUAGCUGAAAUAUACCAGAAAAUAUUGAGCAACAUCUGUCACCAGCUCCAAGCAAAUGCCAUUCCUGAUGUCAUGAGGAUCUUUGCUUGGCUGAAAUGCCACAAGGGACAACAACCAAUGUUGAAGUGUGAAGUCCGUCUAGCAAUGGCGCUGGAUGGAUCUACCCGGAAGAUCACACGGGACAGUCUACCUUGGGCGAACGCCACUGAUAUUUGCAAACCUUUGAUCGAAGAUGGCCCCGACAACACCUUGGUGUUUGUUCAUUCAACAGUGCCACAGUAUUACACCCAGCAAUGUAUCUUGAUGUUCCUGAAGGCUGAUCGUAUGUGUAGAUUCUUGUUCGAGAAUGGCCCCAAUUCGUUCAUGUCGGUACCCGCAGCCAUAGCAUCAGUAACAUUUGCAUGUAUAUGCCAGGUUGAUCAAGCGCUUGACCUCUUGCAGCCUCAAUGUUCGACAAGCACGUCUACACUUGAAGUCGCUCGUGGAUUUUAUGGAUUACUUCCAUAUUCAUACCAGUACUGGACACAACAUCUAAUCGAAUUCUUGUCAAUGUCAGAAAAGGAGCCGUCAAGCUUCUCUGAUAGCCUCUCGAAGGCCAUUAUGGAAUGUCUGAAGCAGCUAUGUCAGAAGCUGAUGGGGACGCCGGAUAUGGAUUCGGUGCCCAUCAAAACAGAUGAAGAUUCCUCUUUGUUGCAGAGGUUUCUCACUGUUGACGAAGCUGCAGUAAUCACACAAACGAUGGAGCGAGCUAAACAAUUACAAUCACAAGGAACGAAGCCAGUGACAGCGAAACUUGACACCCCCUCUGCAAGCCUUCAGGAGUAUCGCCGCGCACUCCAUCAUAUUGUUCGGCAGGACUCAAUGCUUGGCAUCGAGCAAGACGAGUUAAUCGCUUUCAAGGAGGACUACAAACCCACCGCGUUCGUGUGCGACCGCCAGGGUUGCAAUCGAAGCUUACGUGGCUAUUCCUCGAAAGAAAAGCUUGCCUCCCAUCGAGAACGACACACACAAAGUCUGCGAUGCUACGAGAGAGACUGUCAAUACAAUGAUGUCGGCUUUUCUACGGGGACGAAAUUGAAAAAUCACAAACAGAAGAUGCAUCCUGGUCCGACAUUGGUGCCAAUUCUUGAAGAGUUCCCACGUGAGACGUCGCCGAUGAUGCACAGUACGGGCGGUGAUCAACAAGCUGGAGCAGCGGCUUCUGAGAUCCUGGAGUCUUCUUCUCUUUAUGAGCCCGCGAACCCGCAGAGUACUAGCACGGCAACCAAGGAGUGGGCUAAUGAAAACGAGCACCCUUCCGCGGUCGAGGCUUUCCCGAGCAGGUCAAAGGACCUUCCUGGCCAACGCCCAACGAGAAUACUAAUCGGCUGUUGGUCCCGUAGCAGUUCCAGGAAGGACCAGGACAAGCAUGCCUGUUACGGAAUUCUUGGAGCUAAUGCUAUGUUCCGUAUCAAGUUGGUCCGCGAAACCAUGGAUGGCCGAUUCGUUGAUGGUAAUUUCCCUACUGCUGCUAGUGCUCGUUGGAUAGGCUAUGAAGAGGUGAAUCUUCUGGGCCAUAUUCGCGACCUGAGCAGAUAUGUGAUGAAGGAGUAUGUGCGUGUUCGGCAAUACCAAAUUGACCACUGUAACGAGACUGAGGACGAACGGGUCGCAAACGAGAUCAGGGCUGUCGACGAAGCCCACCGGCGACGAGCGGCUCUAGCCGUCAAGGCCUAG